UUCAUACUAAUUGGGAGGAUCAAGCAUAGACAGUUACCAACCAAGGGGAUUUGGUGGGUUUGUUCAUCAUUAGAGCAUAGAUGAUGAACGAGUUUUCAAGUUUGGUAGUAGACAAUCUGCAGAAAAGCCGAUUCACGGAGAAGAACAAAUGGAAAGUUGAUGGUGUUGAAUCAUUUAGGAGAAGAAGCUACAUGGUACAAGAGAGUGAUGAUGGUCUUGGUGAAUCUGAACCAAGUGGAGAUGGAAGGAGUCGGUUUUCCUCAAUGAGUUCAAUUGACGACGAGUUGCCUGAGUUCGUCGUUUUCCUUCAAGAAACCAACUAUGAAUUUGUGAAAGACAUUUGCAUUGACAAAGCAGAAACUUCUCAUGAAAAGUGUUUUGAGGAGGAUUGUGACAGAGAGAAUGGUUAUGUCCCCUACCUGCUUAAAUAUAAUAUAGCAGUAAGUGAUGGUGGAGCAACUGAAGAAUCCGAGGACUUGGAGUCGUCAAUUUCAAGUAUUGAAUCAAUGCAGGUCCUUGAGAAAGAUUUCUUUAACAAAGUAAAUGAGAAACGAAAGGUUCAUUAUGAUGAAAUAGACGAAGUCCCUUCUGACCUUCCCAGGAAGAAAACUGUGCCUAAAUUACUUCUUGAUAGAAAGGUUACAGGUAAAAAGGCAGCUGCUUCUACAAACUCUAUUGCAAUAUCAUUGAGUAAGAUACUUGAUGAAAACAAACACAAAGGCAAAGCAGCUGCUAGAAGCAACACUGAACACGAGCAUGGAAGCAUUUAUUGCAACUCCAAUUUAUCAAUGAGCAAGAUACGCGGCGGUGCUAGCAGUUGUGGACACUGUCAUGAAUGUGGAAGCACAUCCAUACCCGAAAACUAUGCACCAGAAGACCAAAUGGGAUCACACAGAAGCCACGGCUUUGUUUAUCAAAGAGAAGACGGUUCCUCUGAACUUGAUCCUGCUUUCAACCCAGUGAGAAAACCUUCAUUGUCAUCUUAUUUGGGCAGUACAUCGCUUCGGUCGAAUAGCAGCACAAACAGCUCGCAGUCUUUUGCAUUUCCAAUUUUACAGACAGAAUGGAAUGGAAGUCCAGAAAGAAUGGUGAAUGCUGACCCGGUUCAAAGGCGAAGGCGGCAAUUGUGGAGGAUAUGUUUUCCCUGCUGUAAUUUCUGAUCAUCUCAUGUCCAACUUGUCAGUGCUUUUGAUUGUUCUCUCGAUUCAUCAUCAUUUUGUAUAAGAUAUGUAAAACUACACCGAACCCAGUAGUUUAAUAUAUGGCAUAGUUCUUAUCCAAAAAUA